AGGUUUUGUGCAUGUGCAAAGUUCAUUCAGGAGCGAAGUGUCAAUACGAAUUUCGGGCUCAGGAAAAUUGGACUUUGCCAAUUCACAAUCCAAUAUAUACGGUGUCUAAUGACCAGUGGAUUGUUACAGUCGAUUUACAUCAGCGGCUGAUCUCUGGAUUAAUGAUCGCCAAUCGUAAUUUUAUGAUAUUUGCAUUGAAAACUAGUACCAGCAUAUAUCCGAUCUAGAGACUAGACGGUACUGUGUCGGCUAUUUUCACCCUCCACUACCCGGUGCAUUGACGCCUGCCUCGCGAUAUGUUACGUGCUAAGAAUUUGGUUCAACUCGUCAUCAAGUCAAAUCUGUGUACAACAGGCAGUGUACGUACAGCAGAAGCAAUGGCGACUCUCUCGAAGCGUGGACAAGUUGCUGUUGUCACAUUGAAAAACCCACCACUCAAUGUUCUCAGCUAUCCAACCAGAGCUUCAAUUGUUCAAUCAAUAAAGGAAGCAGAGCAAGAUGCAUCAGUGAAGAGCAUCGUCCUGUGUGGUUCGGGCAGAUCAUUCUCUGCUGGCGCUGAUAUCACUGAGUUUGCCAAUCCAGAUCUGGUGUUCAAAGAACCAAACUUGAUCGAGGUAACCAAAGCAGUUGAAGCAUGCAGCAAACCUGUGGUAGCCGUGAUGCACGGGACAUCGUUAGGAGGUGGAGUCGAGCUCGCUCUAGGAUGCCAUUACAGACUCUUGCAUAAAGCAGGGAAGAUUGGUCUUCCAGAAGUCCACAUUGGUCUGGUACCAGGCGCUACGGGGACUCAGAAGGUACCGAGGGUCAUGUCUAUCCCUAAUGCCAUUGAUAUGAUCACCAGCGGUCGGCAUAUAUCGGCCAAGGAGGCUCAUAAAAUGGGCAUCGUUGACAAGGUUCUGGAAGACGAUUACAUGAAUGAGGGUGUGGCCUUUGCUGAGAGUGUAGCCAAUGACCCGGUAGGACCAAGGCGUGUCAGUCAGAUGCCCGUCAAGGUGGAUGAGACCACGCCCAUGGUCUUCAAAGUUGCAUAUGAGAAGGUUGCUGCCAAGGCCAGGGGUAUGUACUCUCCUCUGUUCUGUGUGAAGGCCAUUGAAGCCGCAACCAAGGCAAGCUCCUUUGAAGAAGGCCUUCAGAUGGAGAAAAAUAUUCAGACCUUUCUGGCCGUAUCGGAACAAACUCCGGCACUGCAGUAUGCCUUCUUUGGGGAAAGGGCCAUCUCUAAGUGGAGCGUCCCUGAUGGAUCUACCAGCUACAAGACUGCCAAAGGUCAAGAGGUCAAAUCGGCAGCUGUGAUUGGUGCUGGGACUAUGGGUGUUGGCAUCACAAUGUCAAUGGUAUUGGCUGGUAUACCAACCUAUCUUACAGAACAAAACCAGGAGUACCUUGAGAAAGGACUCAAGAUGGUACAAGGCUAUCUAGCCCAUGGGGUCAAGCAAGGUCGUAUGAGCGAGGACAAAGCCAAGCAGAUCUUCUCAUUGGUACGGCCGACCCUGAGUUACGACGACCUGAAGGAUGUUGAUGUGGUCGUUGAGGCCGUCUUUGAGAACAUGGCUUUGAAGAAGGAGAUCUUCAAGAAACUUGAUGGUGUCUGCAAGCCCAGUGCUGUCCUUGCAAGUAACACAUCAACACUGGAUAUAGAUGAGAUGGCUUCAGCAACGACUCGCCCAGAUAAGGUGAUGGGGAUGCAUUUCUUCUCUCCUGCUCACAUCAUGAAACUACUUGAGAACAUCAGAGGCAAAGACACUUCACCAGAAACCAUGGCAACGGCCAUGGAUCUUGGAAAACGCAUGAAGAAGGUAUCAGUCUUGGUUGGUAACUGCCCUGGAUUUGUUGGAAACAGGAUGCUAGCGCCAUACUCCAAAGAAGCAAUCUUCUUGCUGGAAGAGGGCGCCCUACCUCACGAGGUUGAUCAGACGUUGGAGGACUUUGGUCUGGCUAUGGGUCUAUGUCGGAUGGGUGACUUAGCAGGUCUUGAUAUUGGUUAUAAGAGUCGUAAGGAAUUCGGUUUCAUUCAGCGAGAAGGACAAGACGAUUUCCUCAGGAAAGGAGAGCGCUACAGCCCUCUAUCUGAUUGGUUGGUCGAGAGUGGUAGACUAGGACAAAAGACAGGCAAGGGUUUCUACAACUAUGGCAAGCCAGGUGGUCGUAAACCAGAGGCUGAUCCCGAGGUUACUCAGAUGAUAAUGGAUGUGUCUCAGAAGGCAGGGAUCACUAGACGACAUAUCCCAGCACAGGAAAUUCUUGAGCGGUGCCUGUAUGGUCUUAUCAAUGAAGGUUUCAAGUGUCUUGAAGAGCAGAUAGCAUCUUCUGAUGAGGAUAUUGAUAUGAUUUGGUUGUACGGCUAUGGCUGGCCAAGGCACACAGGUGGACCUAUGUAUUAUGCUAAGAACAUUGUUGGCCUUCCUAAACUCUUGGAGAGAAUACUUUAUUAUCACUUUCAACAUCCCAAUAGUCCAUACUGGAAGCCUAGCCAGCUACUCAUAGACAGGGUAUCAGAAGAUCAUCCACACGCCAGCAAACUGUAGUAUGCCAGUAAAUAUCUCAUGUCAAAUCUACUCCUGAAAUACCUUCGUAAUUAAGGCAAUGAUUAGAAAAUCCUAUUUUUGUUACUUUAACUGUUUUGGUAAUGACAGGAACAAUGGGGUGUAGCAAAAAUGAAACGGUAUACAAAUAAUAUACAUCAUGGGGGCGUUAGUAAGAAUUAUAUGCACAAGGUACAAAGUGUACUUUCUUCAGAAAAAAAGCUUACUCUAGACCAAUGAAUUUAUAUCAUUUUGAUAAUUAUUAAUAACAAUAAUUGUGGUUUCUUAUGACACUCCUGGUGUGCUCCAUGUUAUCGAUCAGGCGCAGAUCCAGCUGAAUCUGACACUACCAUUUUAGGGACCAUAUUGUUUUCGCACGAUAGCCCGCCUCUCAAAGCUGGCACGAUCCACGUCUGUUACCGAUAAUCUAUGUAGAGCGUAAACACAACGAUCCCUGUCAUUCUUGUUAUUGCAGUUAAUAUUUUUGACCAAAUUCUACAUUACUACCUCAAUGAUUAGAAACACGCAAAUUUGAGACCAAAGAUCAUGAUGUUUUGUGUUGAUGAUUCAUUUUAGUUCAUAAUAAUAUAGGUAAGUUUUUAUAUAGUGUCUUGUUGUGAUUUACAUGUAAAUGUAUGCAGGCACAGAUCCUUAUUGAAACCUUGAUCAGCAUGUGGGUCUUCACACAAGACUAGCGAUGGGGCUUUCUAUACACAGUCAUUGUAGGCUGUGCAUUCAGACCCCUAACUCAAGUGAAGGGUUUGCACAGCAGUCCAAUAUACAUGUGUAUUGUCAUGUAGUAAUGAUCAUUAACGAAAGAGGGGAGGAUUGAUUGAAUAUUUUAGCAUUUUGGCAUCUGACACCAAGAGUUCUUCCAAACUAUAAUGAUUGGUGAAUGAAUUGAUCUUUUAUGGCACAGUAACAUUUCUCCUACGGUGGCCAUACGGCGAAUCCAAAACGGCCGUUUUUAACAUUUUUUGUAUCAGCUACAUAUAGUUGCAUUGUUUAAUUUAGAAAAUGAAUAAAACCGCUAUUUUUGACUUGCCGUAGGGAAAAUGUGAGUGCAGCAUUAGACAUCAUGUACGGUUUCCAUUUUUCAAGAAAUGGUACUUUUUAGUCUUGCAUUUGUUAGCAUGGCCUUCAGAACAGGCUAUUGAAUUAACAAUGCCCAGUGCCACAAAGAAAUCACUCAGCUAAGACAUUAGGGAAAGUUUCAUCCAGGAGCUCGCUGCAUAAGAGCUACUAUUACAGUAACUUUGUCAUCCAAUGGUAACUACCAGCCAAUCAAAAUCAAGGAUUGCAAAGUUACCAUAAUGGUAGCUUUUAUGCAACAGGGCCCAGGCCUUUUAGAAAAAUUUGUAAAAAAUGUCAUUUGUACCUGUUGUCAGUAAUUAGUAGAUUCUCACAUGGUGUCAGAGGUACAAGUGAAUAUGAACUAGAUCUGAAUUCAUAAUUUCCUCCUUGCAUUAUAAUGGAAAUGCGAGAAAACUGCCAAGAAAGAAACAUAGUGCCAUUGAAACUUUUUGUGAAUGCACUAAGCGUCUUAUACAGUGGCUUUUGCUCAUUCCCUAUUGUUUCGUCUGUACUGAAUGCAAGGAUUAGCUUUGAGGGAAACACAAUUUCAUACAAUGAAAAAAUGUUACUGUCUUGUUUUUAUAGAUUAUGAAUAAAUUUAUAUCAGUAAUUUUGUACUUCAAAUUUAUCACAGUAUUAAAAUAUAUAUUUUGAUACUAGUAUACAUUAAUGUGACAUGUUUUGUGCAAUUUUGAAUAAACAAAACUUAAUUUUA